CACAGCAGACGCGCCGCGCGCCUCAGUCCGUCAGAGCCCGAGCGGAACCGAGCAAAUGAAAGUGAAAUCUCAUCGCGGUGCGAUCAGGAAGGUUUAGAGGAGGACAUGGCUGCUCAAGAACCCUCUCCCCCGUCCUCCAUGGAGAACAACAAGCCCGGGUUCCCAAAGAAGAUUCUGGCCAACAAACUUGAAGACAAACAUUUAUGCAACUGCUGUCAGAACAUAUUGAGGAGACCGUUCCAAGCGCAGUGCGGCCAUCGCUUUUGUUCUUACUGCUUCAACCGGACUGUUGGAUCAGGACCACAGAAAUGUAAUGCCUGUAUCAAGGAGGACAUCUUCGAAGAGCCCACGUCAAUCCUCAAACCAGGCUGCGCGUUUCCUGACAAUGCUGCCAGAAGAGAAGUUGAAAAUCUUCCAGCUGUGUGCUUCAACGAAGGCUGCUCCUGGAAAGGCAGUAUUAAAGAUUAUGAGUUGAGCCAUGAAGGGAAGUGUGAGUUCAUGAUUCUGCCGUGUCCCUUGUGCAAAGAGCUCAUUAGACUGAACGAACAGGAGCGUCAUAAUGAUCGCGAGUGUCCUGAGAGAACUCUCAACUGCAAGUACUGUAAAGAACCAUUUCACUUCAGAAACAUCAAGGCCCAUGAUGAGAUCUGUCCCAAAUAUCCUAUGAUUUGUGAAGGAUGUGCGAAGAAGAAAAUCCCCAGGGAAAAGUAUGUUGACCACAUCAAGUUCUGCAGCAAAUUCAGGACUCCAUGCAGAUAUCAUGUGGUUGGCUGCGACAUGUCAGUGGAGAAGGAGAAGAUCCACGAUCACGAGCGUGCCUGUGCUCACGAACAUCUCAACCUGCUGUUGCACUACAUCAUGGGCAUGAAGGUCAGUCUGGAGGGCCUGCAGCCCCAAAGUCUGGAGCUGGCCGGUCACAAAGCACACGAGCUUCACCAGGAGCUCCGAGACCUAGAGGCCAGAGUCAGUCAGCUGAGCGCCAUCCCGGGCCCGACCGGACCUCCCGUGAAGGGGGUGCCCUCCUCUUCAUCCUCCGCUUCCUCCUCCUCCGCCGGCGCGCCGCCGCCUCCCCCUCCGCCCGCCGCCACGCUGCCCACGUCCUUCACUCCUCUGCCCAGCUCGGUGGGCGCAGCGCUGGAGCUCCAGCUCCACAGCAAGAAGACCAAGGUGGCGGAUCUGGGCCGUCGCUGCCAGGAGCUGGAGGUGAAGGCGGGGACGUUUGAAGACGUGGUCUGCGUGCUAAACCGAGAAGUGGAGCACUUCGCAACCACCAUGGAGGCCAGCAACCGCCAACACAGACUCGAUCAGGACAAAAUUGAGGCUCUUAGUAACAAGGUCACACUGAUGCUGCUGGACCAGAGUAACAGAGAGCACAUCAUCGAUGCUUUCCGUCCCGACAUCACUUCCUCCUCAUUCCAGAGGCCUGUAAGCGAGAUGAACAUCGCCAGCGGCUGCCCGCUCUUCUGUCCGCUGUCCAAGCUGGAGGGCAAGAACUCAUACAUACGUGACGACACCAUCUUCAUCAAAGCCAUCGUGGAUCUCACUGGCCUUUAG